AAAGAAAAGCACCUCUGUUGUAGUCAUCGUUAUGGCCUUGAAUUUUCUCAAAUCAGUUCCUUUCUUUCUCUUGCUUGCGGUUGUCAUGGCAGGUGAUCCAGAUAUUCUCGUAGACUUUAUAGUUCCAGUAAACUCCACUGGUAAGGCCAUAGAUGGGUGCUUCUUCACCUUCACUGGAAUGCGCAACGCAAUUAACCCAGACUAUCCGUCAAACUUUACGGCGACUAAAGCUAGUGUUAAAGAGUUUCCAGCUUUGGAUGGUCAGAGUGUCUCUUUUGCUUUUUUGGAAUAUCCUGCGGGAUCCAUUAACCCACCUCACACACACCCUCGUUCAGCUGAGCUACUCUUGGUAGUGGGUGGAACCCUCAAUGUUGGCUUUGUUGACACCACGAACAAACUAUACACACAAACCCUGAACCUCGGUGACAUCUUUUUGUUCCCAAAGGGAAUGGUGCACUAUCAGUCUAAUGAUGACCCAAAACAACCCGCCGCCGCAAUCGCCGCCUUUGGCAGUGCUAAUCCAGGCACAAUUUCAGUUCCCAUGAGUGUUUUUACUUCUGGCAUUGAUGAUAAUAUCCUUGCCAAGGCUUUCAAAACUGAUGUUUCAACUAUCAUGAAGCUCAAGGCAGGCCUUGCACCCAAGGCGUGAAUUCAUGAAGCUAUAUGGUCUUGAGUCCCUAAUUUUCUUGUGCUUUUUAUGUGCUUCUCUUCUUCAUUGUUCUGUGGCCAGCCUACAUGGUAGGAAAUGGAUCUUGUUGUAAUAUUGCACUAAUAAAUUGUUGAAAAUCUGUUUCAAAAUUAUAUAUAUAUAUAUUUUAA